GUAGCGCGUCGGCGGUGAAAGCCGACGAUACUCGACACAGCACGAGUGAUACUCGAAGCGAAUACAUCGCCGAUCCGAGACGCUUAUACUGCGCCAUAUUUUCUUUUCCCUUUUCUGUGUGUGCGUGCAAUACAAAGUCGUUGCGAUCCGACGAAAGACGCAACGAUGAACAACAAGCUGAGCUUCAAGGUGUACCUCCUAAACGAGGAGCUGAACAAGCGCAAGGAAGUGCGUAGAUUUUGCCUGGACAUCGGUGUCGCGAGGAACUUCGUAUGCCUGCGGGAAAAGCUGCAGGCCAUUUUCCCGGAGCUGCACGAGAAGAAUUUCACUGUUACCUGGAAAGAUGACGAGGACACUAUCGUGAUAUCGACCAGUGAGGAGCUGGAGAUCGCGCUGGAUGAAAUGAACAAACAUGAGAUGGUCAACAAGUUGUAUGUUGUCCUGCAAAGCGAGAAGGGAGACAUGCCGAACCUGAGAACCGAUAAGAAGCUGCAUCCCGGUGUUAUUUGCGACGUGUGUGAGAACACCAUACGCGGCUUUCGCUUCAAGUGUAUGCAAUGUCCAGAUUACGACCUGUGCACCAGCUGCAUGACGAUCGGUUAUCAUCCCGAGCAUUUCAUGGUACGUAUGACGGAGCCGGUCGAGUGGUCCAGCUAUCACGGCCGUCGUCUGGCACAUCACAUGCGCAAGUUCAUGAAGAAGGCGAGCAGCGGCACAACGUCGCACAACGAUAAGGACGAUGAGACGCGACGAUGCUCGUUCAAGGCCGGCGGUGGCAGCGGCAGCAGCAGGAGGGGCGGAGGCUGUCCUGGGUUAAACGUGACAGGCGGUAAAGUUCACUUUGAUCCAACAUACGUAAACUCGCUGGCGGACUUCGUAAAGAACGUGUGUCUUCCAUCAGAAGAAUCAUGUUACGAGCAGCCGAAGCGGUCUAAGGAGCACCAGAGGGAGCCGUCGACCGAGGCCGCCACCGAGGCGACCGAAGACACGCAGCAGACCAACAGUUUCACUCAGCUGCUGAAGCUGUUCGAGCAAAACGUCUCCCACAUCUCGCAGUUCUUGGAUCCGCUCGGCAUCAACAUCGUCGUCACCUCCGACAACGAGAAUCCCACCAGCAAGCAGCCCGCCGCGAAAACCACAACUCCGCCAACUACCGAGUCCGGCGCACCCUCGCAACCCGACAUCUCCGCAAAGUUCCCCGGCGAGGGGAAGAAAUUGCGCGACGACAACCUGACGGAGUCCGCGAUGACCGCGGCGAAGGCGGCUGCGACAUCGCCGAUGGAAACGGAAAAUCUCGCAGCAACGACCAACGACGUAUCGUCAUCCUCCUCGUCGUCCUCGUCGUCGACGACAUCGUCGCCUCAGGUGACCCAGAAAGUUGGCUUCCGUGAACAAGUGGUCGACGAGCCCGAGUGGACGGUGGUGGGACACGAGACUCCCGACAUCAGCCGCGCACCUUCCAUUUCUUCCCACGGGAACGGAACUGUACCUAAGCAGUCCGCGCCGUCCGCACCUCCAGCAAAACCCGAGGCGGAAUCAGCGCCGAUCUAUCCCCCGUUACCAACAGCACAGGAAUUCUACCAUCGAGACCCCAAGAUCCAACACGCGGUGGAGGCCAUGAUGUCGAUGGGAUUUACCAACCAGGGUGGAUGGCUGACUCAACUGUUGGUUUCCAAGGACGGUGAUAUCAUCAAGGCACUGGACGUUCUGCAGCCCGUACGUCGUUAGAAAAUCAAAGAACGACCGGUACACUUUGAGAGUAGUUCGUACUCGAUAA